AUGCGAGAAAUCAGUUAUGCCGCGGCGAAGAUGUUCGCAAUGAAUUGCACUCGACCCCAACAGACCUCACAACCACCUCUUUCUGGUCUCAUCUAUAAUCCCCCUAGCUCCUACAAUGUGCCCUCUCGGUCUACAAAUUGUCAAAGUAAAGGUGAGUAUUCUUGGUUCAGCUGUAAUCAUAGAAAGUUCCAGGGCUUAAUAAAACAUCAUAAUCCCACAACAGAAUUGUCCUCAUCGUCUGCAAAUGCAAGUCUUCCAACUCCACUGGAUCUUCUUCCAGUCCUCUCACCGGUCAGCGCUUGGCGUGCUGCACUUCCUGGUGAACGUUCCUACUUCAAUUCCACGACACAACAUACGCAUUCAUCACCAGGCCUUCAUUUGCAAAGCCCUGCCUUGAAUAGCUAUCAUCAUCACCAACAUCACACCUGGGGAGAUACAUCUUAUCAGUCAGGCAACUUUACUCCUUCCACUACGACCCCGUUGAUAACAACACCCUCGCCAUCUAAUUACUCUGGACAUAAUAUGUCAUUAGCUCAUGCUAGUCAUACGCCGAAUAAUUCUCCCUCAAAGAACACGGACAGCUCCACUAUCUCUACAUCUAGUACUAAUGAGGCCUUCUUUUCUCAGGCGCCCGGGAAUACUAGAACCACUGAUGCAUCCAGUCAGCCGAUUACUGCAUGCCCUUAG